AAUAAAUAAAACAAGUAAUUAUAAUCACAAAAUUAUUACCUCCAAUACUGCCAUUAAACAUUUUACACUUAAAAGAAUCAGCGACGAAGUUUCUGGAAGUAUUUAAUCAUAAUGUUUUUGGUAAAUCGUGGCUUGUGCAGAACAUGUAAUAUGCACAAAUGUUGUAGUGCAACAUUGGAGUAUUCCCGUUGGAGCGGCCUGGAAUUAGGUCACCGUCAGGACUUGGAUUGGAGGGAUGUAGUCUCCGAGGCGGAGCAAAUUGUGGGCUACCCGACCUCAUUCCUCAACUUGCGCUGGUUGUUCAAUGACGAGAUCGCCAAUACUGCUAUUCAUUUGAGGAAAUUAGUGGGAACAAACCGCCCCCUUCUAAAGUCUGCGAAGAAUCUCCUGAUUGGAGCUAAGAGCAACCUGCAAUCGGUUGGUCUAAUCAUUGUCCUCCUAUCGAAGGCUGCCGGUUUCAAUCACUUAGAGUUCACGAGGGAUCAAUACGAAUCAGGUGUGCUGCACUCCCAGAGGGCGCUGGCAGAGAUUGUAGAGAUGAAGAGGACAGGUCACAUGAUCCACAAGACCAUGGUCAACUUGCAGGCAGAAGAGAGACAUGGAGACAUAUAUAACGAUCUACUGUAUGGGAAUAAAAUAGUGUUGCUAACUGGCGAUUAUCUUUUAGCGACGUGCCUGCACCAGCUCGGCGGAUUGCGUAAUAAUCAAGUGACAGAGCUGAUCUCCACUGGUCUUCGGGAUCUGGAGGAAGGUGAAUUUUUCGGUGAACACGAUAAAGAGAACAAUCCUUGGCCCACACAACCUAAAGGCAGCAAUGAAAUCAAAUGUCACUACGAUUGGGAAAACGAAGAUAACCUCCUCAAAUUGGGGUCAAAUGAAUUCCUCGGGCAGGGCAAAGACGAAUGGAUAUUACGGACCAUGCUCACGUCAGGGAGUAUCCUCGGCAAGGGAUGUCAAGGGGCCAUGAAGUUAGCAAAUCGUGGGGAACAAUUAGAAAGGGAUGCGUACACCCUCGGAGGACAUUUGGCUCUGAUGUGGCAGUUACAUUUGGACAUUAAAGACUUUUUCACCCACCCAAAUUGCUAUUCACUAGUCGGGGCUCCAGUAACCUUCGCUCUAUGGGAGUAUCCCACAAUAUACGGUCACAUUCUAGAAGCGAAACUAGAAGAGAAGUCAGUGGAUUACAAGCAGUUGUAUUACACUGUCAGAGGUACAAGAUCAAUGGAUUAUUUAGCUGAUUUUCUGGACGAUGAGCUAGCGGCUGUUCUGAAGUAUUCUGAAAGGUUUCCAGUGACUGAUGCGAGGUUGGCGUUGCAGAAGAUGGCACUCACGAUACACGGAGAAGCUGUAGAAUAUAUAGAAAAAUAAUAGC